AGAGUAUGAAGAGGUCCAAAAGUGUUAAUUGUGGAGUUGGACAAACUUUACUUAAUUUGGGAACAGGAAAGAAAUCUCCCUGGAAAAGCCGAAUAACGGAAUAAAGGAUCUUAGAAUCUGUUCUGUCAGGAUCUAAGUUUUAUAUGUCCAGCUAGCCCAAGGGAGAAGUGGCUCGUGCUGCUGCACAUGUCGUGAGUCAGUACAGCGAUCUUUGUUCUGAUUGACAAGGUCUUGUAGCUUGAAGUUGUUCAGAAUGCACUAUCAGUUCUAGUCUUCGAGUCUGUGAUUACUUACUUAAUAUUGAUAAUAACGAACACGAAAAAAAGAUUGAACAAUUGUUAUGGGAGGAGCCUGUGAUAAAUGGUAUAAAGUCAUUUAUAUUUCGGAAGUCACAAUGGCUCUCGUUUCACACCAGUAGUAACUUUACUGGACCCCAACACCGUACAAUCAGGACACGUGGAAUUUUCCCCCAACCAACAAGAUUUGCUUACAUCCCGCCAUGUCAGUUCAAGAGCCAAACACCAGAACCCGUACUAAUAAAGUCCAGGUUAGCAACAUUCCCAGCCAUGUCCAGUGGGAUAACAUUAAGAGACUAUUGGCAACAUUUGGUGAUGUCCACCAAUGUGAUCAAGGUCCAGCAAAAUCUGAACAUUUUUUCUCUAUAUUUGUAACUUAUGACAGCCCCGAUCAAGCACAGCAAGCUUUCAGUCAGCUGAACGGAUUUGAAUUUGAAGGCUCUCUUUUAAAAGUGGAUUUCAUAAUGGAUCAAGGACGUGGAAAUCGUGGCAGCCGUGGAAACAGAGGCACGUUUCGCCCCUUUCCUUACUCAGGGAACUCGCCAAAUCCAAUGCGCCCAACAGAUUUCCCAUUAAGGAUCCUUGUGUUAAGUGACAUGGUUGGUGCAAUUAUUGGUCGAGCAGGAGGCACAAUAAGACAAAUAACCCAGCAGUCAAGAGCCAGAGUUGAUGUUCAUCGUAAAGAAAAUGCCGGAUCCCUUGAAAAAGUAAUCACCAUAUAUGGAAACCCAGAAAACUGUUCAUUAGCAUGUCAGAAAAUCUUAGAAGUAAUGCAGCAAGAGGCCGAAAAUACUAACCGAAGUGAAAAUCCUUUAAAAAUAUUAGCACACAAUAACUUGAUUGGACGCAUUAUUGGUAAAAAUGGCAACACCAUCAAAGGAAUAAUGGAGAAAACAGAAACUAAAAUAACUGUUUCCAGUAGCAUCCACGAUGUUAACAGCUUUAACAUGGAACGAACGAUUACUGUUGUUGGAAAACUGGAGAAUAUCUGUAAAGCUGAACAAAUGAUCAGUGCAAAACUUCGUCAGAGCUAUGAGAAUGACCUUUCUGCUAUGGCUCCCCAGGCAUUCAUGUUCCCUGGGGUUCACCCUAUGGCCAUGAUGUCCACCAUGGGGGCCCCUGGUUACCCUCCAGCCCCCCGUGGUGGACCAGCUACACCACCUUAUGGUAUGUACAAUACUCCUCCUUCUUAUAUGCCUGUCAACUACCCCCAAGGACCUGUGUCAUCACAGCAGCAGGAUCCAAGCAAGGAACAGGUGUUCUUGUACAUUCCGAACUCUGCUGUUGGUGCCAUCAUUGGUACUGGAGGUUCCAGCAUCAGAGAUAUGAUCAGCUCCUCUGGAGCUAGUAUAAAGGUUGCUCAGCCCAAUAAAGAUGAACCCUUAGACAAACAAACAGAACGAAAGGUAACCAUUAUAGGCACACCUGAAUCACAGUGGAAGGCACAGUUUAUGAUUUUUAAGAAGGUGAGCUUUGAAGGAUAUUCUGGACCCCAAGAAGCUCGUCUCAGGGUAGAAAUAUUUGUCCCAUCAUCCCAAGUUGGUCGUAUCAUUGGGAAAGGAGGACAAACAGUUCGAGAAAUGCAGCGGUUAACUCAAGCAGUGAUUAAGUUGCCCGAAGAAAGCCAGAACACCCAAGCAGAAGAAAUACCCGUCCACAUCAUUGGAGAUUUCUACAGCUCUCAGGCUGCCCAGCGCCAUAUCAGAACCCUAGUAACCCGCAGUCAGACAAAUGCUCGUGGAGUAGGGCGUCGUGGGCUCGUAACAACUCCUCCUCAACAAACUCCUCAACCUCCUCGUCCAGGCCAGACCAAUUGAAGCUUCCAAAUACAAUUGUUUAUUGCCAUGGCGUCACUGCCAAACCUCACCCUAAAACCAAAGAGGAGCAGCAAAGAAUUAUAAUUUUUUUAAAGUGUCAUACAACAAAGGGGCUGAAUUUUUAAUUUUUUUUAAUGAUUGGGAAUUAAAAAAAAAAUUAUCUGAAAUACUAAUGGAUAUGAUAUGGCAUGCAGGGAUAAGGGUGCUUUGUUUGGUUUUAAAAACCCUUUACUUUUAUAAUAACCUGUUACCUACAAAUUUGUAAUUUGCAUAAAAAUUAUGCAGAGAUAUCCUGGAAAGACUAAAUGUUUUACCUGAUUCCUGGGCUUGUUGACUGGGAGGGGUGGGUGGGAGGACUUAAAAACCUGGUGGGAUGGGUGGGUUAGAUAGGAUAAUGUUUUAUUUCAUUUUAAGUUUGUUGAAAUGUUUUAUAAGACCUUAAUUGUUGAAGUAUAUUAUGGUCUUCUUUUUUUUGUGAUCAUAUUAUAGAAAUUUAUUUUUGAUAUACUUGUUGGAGGAACUUUUUUGUUAAUUUAUAUCAAAAGCAUUUUUUGCUUAUCAGCAGUGGCCAAAUCAUCCAAUCAGGUCGUUUGUACCUUAUGACAUUCAAGUUUCUCCAAUAAGGAUUGACAUCAACAAUAUGAAAUUAAAUGUAGAAAGCCCGGAUUUUCUCUCUGGAAUAUAUUGACUUAAAAUGGUCAAAUUAGGCUAACAGUUCUCAAAAUACACUUCCUUUGAGCUUCUGUUGAAGAUAAUUUGAUUUUAAAAAAUGCACCGUACUCUACAAUUUGAUAAAGAACAGGAAAGAUUUUAUAUUUAAUUCUAAUACAACUUGGGCAUGAAACCAAACAAAGACACAGAUCUGUAUGUAAAAUUAAUUUGACAAAAUGGAAUAAAGAGAAAAUUGUAAGAUAUGUAGGGAAAGAUGCAUAUAACCUACAGUACAACUUUGGAUGCCUUGAAAAACAAUUAUUUAGUUAAUGUAGUAGUAUUCAUGUUUUUUCAGUCUUUUAAAAGUGUUACUUCCUGUCAUGUUAAAACCAGUUCCAGCAAAUCAUAAAUCAUUAUAUCUCAAUGUAGUGUAUGAUUACUUAGUUCUGGAUAAAAACAGAUAAUUCCAAAACAACUUAAUCAUGUUGGUCAUUGGGCCAGUGUUUUGAACUGAGACAUAUUUGAUUUUUAGAUAUUCAUUACUGAUGCAGGAUGUGCAUGUAACCAAAAGUUUACACAAACUCAAGAACCUUAAUAAAGUCGUGCAUUUCAGACAUGGUUUUGAAUGCAGAACAUUGUUAAAGAGAUAUCAGAUGUUACCUGAUAAAACGUAAUGUUAAUUUGAAGGUUUAGAUACCUAUGAACUGUAUGAGGACACGACCUUUUAAUCCUGUUAGAUGGGUUGGCUUCCCAAUCUGCCUACUACCUCAUUUGUUUUGACCCUUCUAAUUCAAGCAAGGUUUGUGUGAAACCCUCCGUUCCUGGCAGAGGUUGACAAGAAAGUUAGUCUAAGCUAUUGACAUCUGAAUGCCAAUAAGUAACAAAUUACUAGAAGGUGAUAAGACAAUUGACGUGGUUGACAAUCUGAAGUCUUUUAUUUGAUAAAACCGAAUAAGACAAUGUAACCAGCAAAGGAUAUCUAUCAGUCUCCUGUGGUGAUAUCUAGAUGCUAGGUUACAUUAAUACAAAUUCUGUCAGUUGCGGAGAACCUUUUUAAGGAAAAACCUGUUUCUACCGAGUAUUUUGACACUUGAGGUGCAUUUUAUGUUUGAAAUUAAUGCAUCGAGUUUAAAGUCUUUUGAAUAGUUUCAUAAGACAGUUAAACACCAUCUAUCAUUUGUGGUAGAUUACCUGUUCAGUGUUGUGGUCAGACAUUAAAUCUUUCAAGAACUUAUCUAUCCAUAAUUCUGGGUUUGCAGGUUAAAAUACUGUUCAGUCCUCAACAGAGCACUUACAGUUACUGUCAGUUGAACAGUCUAUCCUGUUUGUAAUCCACUCUUACUAAGCCUAUUAUCAGUCAGGCUGAUUUGUUCUUUGUCACACCCUUCCCAGCUUCUUUCAUAUAUAAGAAAGUAAAGUCACUUGAAAUGACAAUAGGAAACUGUGCUAUGGGAAAAAAAUGAUUUUGCAUGUGUGCUAUGUAGCUAAACAAAAUACAUCGUUGUGUGUUAUUUUAUGUUCGUGACUACCAACCUAAUGGUAUAUAAUAGUUAAAAUUGAACAGCCCACUAAGGGUUAUCUGUGUAGUUAUUUGAUUUUUUUUUAUUUUAUAAUUGUGUCUCAAAACAUGAUUACAGUAUAGUUUAUGUCAAGAGUUAAAGGAAGGUGCUUUUGGAGAUCAAAAGCCAUACUGUUGCAGUUAUUCUAGUUGUGUGGUUCUUUCACUGGCAAAAAGAUAUACCAAGAUAUAAGUAGCACAAGUUUAAUAAGGAUUCAAGAUUUAGGGUCAUGUAGUGUGAAUAUUGGUGGCUGUGAAGUUUGUAAUGUGAGGAUCAUUUAAUGCUUUAAUUUCUAAAUGGCUUCAGAAAUGUUUAACAAUAAGAUUUAGAUUCAAACAUAAUGAAAUGCAAAGAUUGAAUUAUGUAACAGAUACAAUUCAACGUUUCUACCGGUAUGAUAACUAAAAUUCUGCUCUGUAAUUCAUUUUGUCAAUUUGGGAAAGAAAAAAAACUUCAUUCUAUUUAACAACCUGUACAUUUUGUUAUCAAUUAGUUGUGGUAUCCUAAUGAAAAGUUCGAAUAAUACCGAAUUUGAUUGUGGAUUUUUGUGCCAUAACUCCACACUCCCUGUACAACCAAAUGCUACCUGCAGAUAUGUUAACUCAAAAACGGGUAACUCCACUGCUGAUAGUCAGUGUAACUUUGGCAAAGGUUAGUUUUGAAGUUUUGGAAACAACUACAGAUAUGAAAAUUAUUUGGCAAAAAAGGAAAAUAAAUUGUUAGCAGAAGGUAAAUUUUUUUUUAGUGUUUUUCCUCCACCCAUUUAAUGUGACUUUGAAAAUCUGUUCACAUGGUAAUGUAUCAGUUUCUCUGUAAGAUUAAGGUUUUGGUCAAUCAGAUAGGCAGAAAGAAUAUUGUAUGCUAGCUUGACUUCACACCCUAUGAACAUGUACACCUUUUCUACGGAGAAAUUAAAUUAUUCUAGGUAAAAUGA